UUCAUUGAGUUGUUUCUAUUGUACAAUGCUAUCCAUGGGAUACUCCAAUUUGCAGGAGGAACUCAUAGAAGAUGAUGAUAUCAGGAAACCCAAAACAGAAAAUAACUCCCACAACUCGUACAUUGUAAUGUGUGAUAGUGCCCUUGCACAGCGGGAUAAUGAGCUCCAGCACGCCAGCAAUAGGUCGGGAGGAUCUAAUAAUAGUAGUACUGUUAGAGUGGAUAUAGCUGAUAUAUUGGAUGGGGAGGAGAGUCUAAACCUGACAACCACUACCCUCAAAAGAUGUAAACAGCAGGUACUCAGACCCUAUUGGAGACUUCUAAUGUUUAUAGGAUGGAGGGGAUUCGGUAGAGAGUCUGUGAACUUUGGCAGUAUGAGAUGGACUGUGUUAAACAUUGUGUACCCUGUAUGUGUUGUGUGUUUGUUAUUGUAUACCUAUGUUUAUGAAAUCGUUGCUUGUCAGUGGAAGCUUGAUCUUCACAAGGAUACUCAGGUUGUUACCACACCUACUACCACAUCUCCUGUAUCAACAGAGGCUGAUAACACUACAGCAGCUACAGCAGGGGAACUGAGUAUGGUUACGCUCUCCAUCACUUUACUAAAGAAUCUCACUAACAUGCGGAAGAUUGGCCCUGCAGAGCGCCCCGAGGCUUGUAGACACAUCAUUACUACCUAUGUCAUUCCAAAUAUUCUACACUUUGUGGCGUACAUAAUGGGAAUGAUUCACUUCAGAAUUCAGGAGAACGAGCAGCUAUAUGCCAUUAUGGAAAAGGUUUUCUUACAAGCAACACCUUCGUACAGUAGAUCAGCUUCCCAGCAAAAGAUGAUCAAAAAACUUAGGAUACUCAUGGCUGUGGGUGCUAUUUGGGUGGCAAUAACGCUAGUCAUGCAAGGCCUCUAUGAGUAUGCCUUUAACUUCCCUCAACUUCUCUUCUUUCGAAAAAUGGGGAAGAGUAUUCACUGGGUGCUGUUUAGUUUUGAAUUGCUGGGGAUUCUGAUGUUGAAUUCUGUGACGUUAGCAGUGAUAGCUAACUAUGUGACACACUGUGAAAUGGUCCUUUUCUAUAUAAGAGGAUUAGCACUGAGAUUGCAGGAAAAAUCCACAGAACUCAAGGCAGCAAUGAAGGACAUUCUUUUCAUCAAACAAAAUGUUGGUUUACUAAAUGGCCCGGUUGCCAGAAUGACUGCUCUAAUAUCAGUCAUUUUUGCAGAGUUGACAAUCAUAGGUGUCUGUAUUCUUGUGUUGAACAAAAAUGAUUCCAUAAAAGUCUGGGUCUACAGGAGUUGUUUCCCUUUGGUGUGGCUUAUUAUUCUUGUUGGUCCAUUGUAUCAGGCAGCUCGAGUAAAUUCAGUGUCCAUGAGAAUGAAGAAAAUAGCCUUAGAGAUGAGAGUGUUUGGGUACAAGAGUUCCUCACAAUUAGAGCUAGAUUCUUUCAUUUUAUUUGUCAGCCAAGCAAGGAUGAAGGCAAAGCUUUUCCAUAUUCCCAUUCUUCCACAGUAUCUUAUAGCUAUUCUUGUCCUAGGAGCUUUUAUUCUACUUAUCCUAUUUCAAACCAGUGUGAUUGGUCCUGUCAACUACUGGUUCUAAUCAACGACCCAGUUAUACAAACUGGUUUUGUCAACUACUAGUUCUAAUCAACAACCCAGUUAUACAAACUGGUUUUGUCAAUUACUGGUUCUAGUCAACGACCUAGUUAUACAAAGUGGUCAACUACUGGUUCUAAUCAACAACCUAGUUAUACACACUGGUUCUGUGAAUUACUGGCUGUAAUCAAGGUGACCUAGUUUUCUAAGCUGAUCCUGUCAACUACUGGUUCUAAUCAACACUACUGGUUUUAUUCUACUAUACAAAUAUUGCCCUCUUGAUUACUGGUUCUGAUCAAUGACUCAUGCAAUUAUACAAAUAUUCUUCCUGCCAUUAAAUUGGACUACAGUUAAAAAAAAUGGAGCAAACAUGUUUAAAAUAAAUUUACACUUAUUGCAAAAUGUUUUCAUCCUUUGUAGGUUUGAAAUGUGUUAUUAACUUAUCAGAUACCUGUAUAACAAAUAAUUUUUAAUAACAAAUUAAAAAUUGUCCAUUACACUAUGGUUAAAGCAUGUUUUAUUGUAUUGUUACGUUGAAAGAAAAUAUAUAUGACAAAUAUAUGCUAAAAGCAUAUUUACUGUAUUGUUAUGUUGAAAGAAAAAGUAGAGUUACAUGUGUGUAAGAAAUUCUUGUAAAUAUAUCAAAAGUAUUUAUUUUGAUGAUGUAUAAUUGUAAUUCUUCGUAAGCCAAGUAUUUCAUGUUAAAAGUCUUCCAUUUACUUUCUAAGACAGUUCAUUAUUUGUUCAUUUGUUUUAUUAUUAUUAUAUCUUACAUUAGCCAUUUUCUUUUGAAGGGUAGAAUAAAUCUUAAAUUGUUGCAUGUUAACAUGAGCUUUAUGAUGUUUAUGAGACCACAGUUUGCCAAAGAUUGUUCUGUGAUAUACAUGUAUAUUAUAAUAAGUAAUAUU